GCUGGUCUCGCCUGUUUCUUCGUCUCUAUGGUUUUCAGAGGUGGGCGGCUUUGACGGAGAAGCAGUUGGAGAAGCAGCUGGAGCUCCAGCGUGGACGGGAUGUUUCGUCUUAACUCUCUUUCUGCAUUGGCAGAGCUGGCAGUGGGCUCUCGAUGGUACCAUGGAGCAUCACAGCCCACCCAGAUCAGGCGACGGCUGAUGAUGGUGGCUUUUCUUGGAGCAUCUGCAGUAACUGCAAGUACGGGUCUCUUGUGGAAGAGGGCCCUUGCACAAUCUCCACCAUCUGUAAACAACCUAAAGAGUGAACUUGGUGCUAAAGGGAAGAGUAAAGAUGAAGGGGAAGAUUGUAACCACGAAAAAAAGGCUUCAGGUAUUUGUCUUGAGCCUUAUCCAGAAGAGAAAAAGAAGAAACGUUCUGGAUUCAGAGACAGAAAAGUGAUGGAAUAUGAGAAUAGGAUUCGUGCAUAUUCCACACCAGACAAAAUCUUCCGAUAUUUUGCCACCUUGAAAGUAAUCAGUGAGCAUGGUGAAUCUGAAGUGUUUAUGACACCACAAGAUUUUGUGCGAUCCAUAACACCCAAUGAAAAACAACCAGAACACUUGGGUCUGGAUCAAUAUACAGUAAAACGCUUUGAUGGAAAGAAAAUUGCCCAGGAACGAGAAAAAUUUGCUGAUGAAGGCAGUAUAUUUUACACCCUUGGAGAAUGUGGACUCAUAUCCUUUUCAGACUACAUUUUCCUUACGACUGUUCUUUCUACUCCUCAGAGAAAUUUUGAAAUUGCCUUCAAGAUGUUUGACUUGAAUGGAGAUGGAGAAGUAGACAUGGAGGAGUUUGAACAGGUUCAGAGCAUCAUUCGCUCCCAAACCAGCAUGGGAAUGCGUCACAGAGAUCGUUCUACAACUGGUAACACCCUCAAGUCUGGCUUGUGUUCAGCCCUCACAACCUACUUUUUUGGAGCUGAUCUCAAGGGGAAGCUGACAAUCAAAAACUUCCUUGAAUUUCAGCGUAAACUUCAGCACGAUGUUCUCAAGCUGGAAUUUGAACGCCAUGACCCUGUGGAUGGGAGAAUCACCGAGAGGCAGUUUGGUGGCAUGCUGCUGGCCUACAGUGGGGUACAGUCCAAGAAGUUGACUGCCAUGCAGAAGCAGCUCAAGAAGCACUUCAAAGAGGGAAAGGGUCUGACAUUUCCGGAAGUGGAGAACUUCUUUACUUUCUUAAAGAACAUUAAUGAUGUAGACACUGCGUUGAGCUUUUACCAUAUGGCUGGGGCAUCUCUUGAUAAAGUAACCAUGCAGCAGGUGGCCAGGACAGUGGCUAAAGUGGAACUCUCAGAUCACGUGUGUGAUGUGGUGUUUGCGCUCUUUGACUGUGAUGGCAACGGAGAGCUGAGCAAUAAGGAAUUUGUUUCCAUCAUGAAGCAACGGCUGAUGAGAGGCCUGGAGAAGCCCAAAGACAUGGGCUUCACCCGCCUCAUGCAGGCCAUGUGGAAAUGUGCACAGGAAACUGCCUGGGACUUCGCUUUGCCCAAACAGUAACCCAGAACCGCACAAGGAGCUGCACCUCCAGGCCAAGCACCCUGGCCCCUUGGGCAGAGCCUUGGCACAGUCCUCCCCACUGCUGCUUCCAGAAGUAGUGCUCCCCUCCUCCUGGGAAUGAUCUCAGGACUCAUCAAGUUUCCCUUCUCCCAGUGUUCUGCUAGGCCCUGGUUCUAAACCAGUGAUUCUCCCUAGAGGUCCUCAAAAACAUGAGCAGGUCCUAAAAGCGCAGACCUUUGUUACAUUCAACAGUACUACCCAUUCAAGCACCCUACAGACAAAGAAUGCCAAUGUACCUGCCAACCCUGGGAAACACCCAUUUCUUGAGUCAUCUUGGUGUGGAUUUAUAUUAACAAGAACAUUCCUUGCUUCUUCUCCUGCUGGUGGUUUUUAAGCUACAAAUUGGGAAAACCUCUGGCAGAAAAAGGAAAUCAGUGAUGAAUGAUAACGAGGAUGACCCAGGCACCCUGAGCUGGUGGGAAGCCUGGGCCAGAGGAAGGAUCUGUGUCAGUCCCCAGGGUGGCUCUGAGGCGGUGUGCACAGUGGGAAUGGAGCAAGAUUAGGAAUUUAAAGUAGCUGCUGCAUGUCUCUCUCCACUCCCUCUUUUCCUCUCAGGCUCCCUAAGAAGACUCCAGCACGACUGUGCUUAUUAAAUGAGCGGCAGUGAUUAAGCUCAUGGCCCCUGCGAGUGCCAUUUCCCCUCCAGGCAUGUGCCUCUGAAGCUGAGUCCUGGCUCAGAGCCUGUCUGCCCUGUCUUAAACACUUGUAAAAUAGCACUUUAAUUAUAACGGUUUGCAGUAAAGCCUCCCCAACCACCACCAAAG